ACGCCUUUGUCUGGUGACUCAGUUCAUAACUUUCGAAAGUUCGUUUCUUGCCACGUAUGUGCGAAUUUUUGGUUUAACUUUGGUGUUCAUCUUCAUAUGCUUUAGUAGCUUUAAAAAGACGUUAUAUUCUUUUGGUACAUUUAGCUUCUCUUUGAGCGUAACUUCGUGAUGAAAGCAAUAAUAAAAUCAGCUUUAAGCAUAGUUGUGGAUGUCGGGGAAGGCCAAAAUGGAAUGCAUUUUUUGGAUGCAUUUAUCAAUAAAUUAAAGAUAAUAUACGAUGGAUUGGUAAAUGAUCUUCGUGACAGUUUCAUUCACUUUGAAGAAGGAGUAAAAGAGCUUAAAUGCAUGCAAGAGUCGACUGAAAGUGAAACAUCGUCAUCGACACAAGUACCAACAAUAAACUUAUCUCAAUCAUGUCGAAUGCGUUUUAAAUUAGCUGGAGAGAAAGCGAAAGAGACGUUUGAAAUUGACUCGUCGAGCACUGAAGAGAAAAUAAAAGCAAGCAAGAUACGUAUUGCAAGCGCUAUUCUUGAACGCUUAGAUAACUGCGGGCAAGCAGCAAGAUAUUUCAUGUUUUGUCUAAAAGAUUUAAACUCCUUGAUUGUCGCGGGAAAAAAAGCCAAAUCUCACAACUACAUGGGGACUAAAGACCUUCACAAAAUAAUAGAUAUCAACGUGGCGUUGGCCAAUUUCAUCUUUAAUCACACAAACAAAAGAAUGCCUGUUUUGGAAUGGCCCCAGAUUCAAUAUAAAGGGCAGCUGAUUCAUCCUUUCUAUUACAAGAAGAUUGAAGAAAACAUGACUACCUCAUUACCUUGGUACUCAGCUCACUUUACUAAGAAUACUGACCUCUUUAAUGAGGAAAUGGUCGUAAACAAAGAAGGAGAAUUACUAAUAUUUGAUGGAAAUGAACUCCAAAAAUUUAACAACAAAACCGAAGUGUUUGAAACCUGGUGUACGUUUCAAAGGUCAGAUGUUCAAAAUAGGCAAGUAAAAUGCAUGAACGUUGAUGAAAAUGGCGUAGUAUAUCUACUUUUGGGUUGCAAAGACAAAUCACAUAGCGAUUAUACAUUGUUGCUUUGUUUGGAAGACAAAAUUGUUCAAAAAUGUUCCUUGUCCUUUCCUGAAGAAAUACAAUUUAGUAAGAUUUUUCUUGCUGUAGCACCAAAUGGCAAUAUUAUCAUUGCUGUCAAGAAGAAUCAAAACUACGUCAUGCAUGUGUGUGACAGUAAAGGCAACCUUAAUACGCCAUUUGUAGCAAAGGGUAAACGUAAACCAAUUGAUGAUGAAAUGAAAUAUUUGUCCAUUUCCUCCGACGACAACAUAGUCAUUUUGACUUAUAAAUCACCCAAAACUUACCGAAUUAUCAUUAGUACGAUGGACGGAAAAUUUGUUAAAAAAAAGAAAUUUCAACCACACAAAGACGAAAUCCAUUCAUACAAUCAAGUCAUUUAUACUCCCGUCACCAACAGUGUCAUAGGUUUUUUUUUUGACAACUCAGAGCUGGUGAUUGAGACUUAUUCUGUUCAAACCGAAGAAUUUAUGUUGCCUAUAAUCCUGAUAAACAGAGGAUAUGACUCGGAAAUUUUUGACGCUUCAUUACGCAUCGUUCAGCAUGCUGGCGAAAACGUGGCAUUAGUGUCUAGAAAAAACGGUGUAGCUCGUUUUAUUAUAGGAAACCAUAGGUGCGAAGACGUGGACAAGACGUUGAAGUGGAAGAACAUGGAAUUGAAGACAGAUUUAGACUCGGUUCCAGGUGUUGAAAAAGAAAACCUGUCUUCAAAUGCCAACACAUCGUCCACUGCUUUAAUCAAUUCAAAGCCAUCUGAAAGCAGCGAUGCUACAGGAGAGAACAAUCGCCAUCAAGAUGAUACAAAACAAGAAACCUCGUCUUCAAAUACUAGCACAUUGGCCACUACUUUUAUCAAUUUGGAGACAUCCGAUACAGAGUCUGCGGUUGGCUUGAUACACCAGUUAUCAACCGUGUGUAACCUAGAAACAACUUACUCUGAACUACCAAAUCAUGUUCGAAGAAAGGUAGAAGAACGUUUAAACAAAGAACAUGAGAUAUUAAAGAAUGACUGGAGAAGCCUAUACAAAGUACUAAAGUUGCCAGAAGGUGGAGAAGAUACGAUUGCUGAAAAAUUCUCUGACAACCCCACACGAUAUGUGUUGAAAACUUGGUUUGAUAGUGAUGGACAACAUGCCAAUGUAAAAGCACUGCUCCUAGCAUUGAAAGAGUGUAAGCAGGGAGGUUUAGUUCAUGAGAUAGAAAGGGUGUUGGAUGUUAAACUACCUGAUCAAGUUCCGCAAAACACCGUUGAUGGAAUCCGUGACAUGCAAUUAAAUGAAAACGAGAAAAGAACCGCUCUGAGGUUCGUGAAGGAGAUACGGGGAAAAUUAAAAGCUGAGUUGAUAAAUCAAUUGAACCAAGUUAGUGUUGAUGUUCUCUCAGAAAUUGCGACAAAAAUCUUGGAGGUGCGAUGUUACGUGGUCGACAGUACUGAUUUCAUGGAUAAAUUGAAAGAUAAGAAAAUAAGAUUUCUCUUUCGGGAACUUCGAAGAGAAGAUCAGACGAGGGAUGUUGCUCUUUGGAUGAGAAAUAAAUUUCCUGUUGGCAGCACAGGUCCUGUGAAAUGCGAUGAUAACGUGAAAACUGAGAACAUGAACUAUGGCGUUAGAAAGGAAGUGACUGAACAUUUAUCUUUGCAAGAUUGGGAAAUUCUCGCCAGUCACAGGGACAUAGAUUUGAAAAAAUUGGACAUCGGUAUGAUCAAGAUAAGGUCGGCGGAUAAUCCUGCUGAAGCUGUCAUUUCUCGAUGGGAAGCAAUGAACAACUCUUCUGUUGGCAUGAUGUACGAUCUACUGGUUGACUGUAAAUUCUACACAAUUGCCGAUCGCUUAUGAUGGUAUAAUAAACAUGUUUAAAUACGUAGGUCUUGAAUACAGUAGUAAAGCUCUUGAAUAUGCACCUAGUGCAGUAGUGUAUGGCGAACUGUAAGAAUUUUCGAAUGGCACUGAUUACUAAAAGUCUGUGAACUCCAUGUUUGAAACACUUUUUUGUCCAAGAAACAGCGGUAAAGUAAACUGUUUCACUAUCUCUGUAAUCAGAAAUUUUUUUAAAAAACUGCUACUGUUGAAUGUGAGCAGGAUAAACACUAUACCAUACUUAUUUUAUAGCGAGAUUAAAACACGUCAGUUUAUGCAUACAUUGUGUAAGGUAAGUUGAUGUCAGCUGUGCCUUACGUCGUUUUUUCUCGUGAAACGUUAGUCUUAUCGUGAAUUACGAACAAUUUGUAAUAAUUUGUUUACUUAUUUCUAUUCCCGCGCAUUUUAAAUGUAAGCAAUUAAGUAUGAAACAGGUAUGAAAAUAUGUGUGUUAAUUGCUGUAUGAAAUAAAGUCUAUCAAAUUUA